CGGCAAGGACGAGUUUGCAUCGAUUGUUAAGUAGCUCGGUCUACUCGGAGUACAACGCCUUUACUUGGACUCUCCGUAAACAUCUGUAUUCAACAUGGAUGUACUAGAAAUCGUCAAAGUGAUGUGACAGAUUUGGAUGUAAAAAACGUGCUAGGAUAUUCAACAGUGUUAUGUCAGAUUCCUGGCACCAUGAAAGCCUUAGAGGGUUAACAUAAUGACCACAAGUUACAACCUCCACCAGUCAAUUAGGAAGGCAAUGAGGAUCAUUUGAUAUUUUGGUUGAACCUGCCCCACCCCGACAAUGGUAUAUUCCGACCUGCCGAGCUACUUGAUAGCAGUCUACGUACUGAUACCGGUCAUAGUGUUUGUCCUUCUCGUCAUUCUAAUCUACAUCUGCUGUUCAAAACGAUUCCGCUUAAAUUGGUUCGAGCGAUCGCUUCUCGACCAUCAGGAGGAAUGCCAGAGGAUUAACUGUGUGAGUUCGCACUCACCGUCCUCGCACACGGCGCCAAGGUUAUCGUGCGGGUCGCUGCGCAGGACUAGUCUAAAGUAUGGACCGUUGAUUGCGACACCGAGGACAAGCAUGGGUUCGAACCCCAGCCAUGCGAGCACCCCGGGUGGAACUAAUGAUGCGCAGUCAUCGGAUAGCAGCGAAAACUUCUGGGUUCCGCCCGACGUGGUCAAAAAGAAACGGGCGCAGAGUUUAGUUGCGGCCAUGCUGCACCAGGAGAGCGAUGAAGGGAAGAAGAGAGUGAGUCGGCUGCGAUCGGCCCCCACCCCCAAUCAUAUCAUACGGGAACGAGAUCGUGGUAAAACCCCCCAAGGGAAGAAGAGAGUGAGUCGGCUGCGAUCGGCCCCCACCCCCAAUCAUAUCAUACGGGAACGAGAUCGUGGUAAAACCCCCCAAGAUGUCAGCAGUGGUCCAGAUAUCAGCAGUGGUCCAGAGGGAACGCCAACUUCCAGCACCCCAAUCAUGUCGACAUCAUUACAAGAACUUUCAUUUAACCUUCCGACGGAAAAACUGACGGAAUCCCUCCAACAAGCAGUCCAGCUUCCACCGACAUUUAAUCGUCAGCGUCGUCGAGCAUCUAUGCACGAUGCUAUUGAUCAUACGAAAAUUAACACAAGGCUUUACGACAGGGUACAACCAGCUCGGCAACAGUCCAUCGGAAGCAUACAGGAGGAGAACAUAGGCUCAAUCAAUUUCUCACUUGAUUACAACUACGAAACGGGUCUGAUGACAGUACGGGUCAUCCAAGCACGGGACCUUGUUCCCAGGGAUCUUAGUGGAACUGCUAAUCCUUACUGCCAAGUUUCAAUACUGCCAAGCAGGAGGGCGAUAAUGCAGACGAAACAUGUGAAAAAGACGUUAAAUCCGGAAUUUGAGGAAGAGUUCCUUUUUGAAGUUCUUCCAAAUAAUUUAGCAACACGGACGCUACAAAUUUUGAUAUUUGAUUAUGAUCAGUUUUCACGUGAUGAGGUGCUGGGUCAGGUGCACGUGUCGCUGGACGGGAUUGACUUCUCGGAGCGGGUCGUGCUUUGGAAAGGAAUAUCUGUGUUUGAAAAGAAUAGAGAGUGCACCGAGCUGGGUGACCUCAUGUUCUCACUGGGCUAUCUCUCAAGCGCUAAGAGGCUGACUGUCGUUAUAAUGAAAGCUAGGAAUCUAAAAAUCAUAGAUCGUGAUAAGGGGACAUCAGAUCCGUACGUGAAAGUCUCCAUCAGUUAUGCAGGUAAAAAGCUUAAAAAGAAGAAGACGUCUACGAUACGAAACACAUUAAAUCCCAUUUGGAAUGAAGCAUUGGUUUUUAACAUUGGCAACGACUACUUAAAUAAGCUUGAAGUCCAUAUUAAUGUUAUUCACGAUAAUUUACUUGGGAAUACGGAGUAUCUCGGACAUAUCGAAGUGGGCCCACGAUCAACAGGUGAAGAACUGGCUCAUUGGAAUGAUAUGGUGCAUUCAAAGAGUGCUAUUGCCCGUUGGCAUCAUUUAGUCUAAUGUCAUUUGUGGUGCUGGACAUGUUUUCCCUUAUGAUAUUAUAUAGGUUGUAACGAAAUAUCGGGAUCAUUCUGUAGACAGGUAGUGCAUUGUUUAGGCACCAAAGAACAAGCUCUGAAGAUAGGAUAACAUGACUUCAAAGAACACGCUAUGAAGGCAGGAUUAAGUAGGACCACAUGAUGUCAAAGAACACACACUGAGGCAGGAUUAAAUCUGAUCACAUGACUUCAAAGAACACGCUUUGAAAGCAGGUUUCAUUCAGAUCACAUGACGUCAAAGAAUACGCUUUGAAAGCAGGUUUGAGUCAGAUCAUAUGACUUCAAAGAUCACUCCCUGAACGCAGGUCUAAGUCAGAUCACAUGACUUCAAAGAACACACCCUGAAGGCAGGUCUAAGUCAGAUCACAUGAAUUCAAAGAACACGCUUUGAAAGCAGGUUUGAGUCAGAUCAUAUGACUUCAAAGAACGCGCUUUGAAGGCAUGAAUUAGUAGAAUCACAUGACUUCAAUGAACAUGCUUUGAAGGCACGUUUUAGUCUGAUCACAUAACUUCAUGCCAUCACAUGAUAUUCUCGGGUCUGUUUAUUUAGCACGGAGAUUGAUUUAAUAUAUAAAACAUUAGGUGAGAUUAUCCAUGGAUUAUCUUAAAUCAAUCCUGUAACCUUAUGACCAAAUAGAAAGUGGGAUUAGCCAUGAAUUAUCUCGGAGUCAUGCAGUGACCAUGACUAAAUGACAGGGAAUCAUGUGUGAGAUUCUGUGGGAUUACGGCAAAACUUGUCAGGAGCUGGCUGUCAUGCAAUAUCCUGUAGUCUGCGAAGGAAGGUAUUAACUCAAUCU